AUGGAAGCAAAGGGACACUUUUUAAAACACUGCCCGAGCAGUCGGCAUUGUGCACAAUAUUUAACUGAUCUUGACUUUGCUGACGAUAUUGCCUUGAUAUCCCAUUGUAUUAAAGAUGCAGAGUCUUUUUUACAAGCACUGGAAAAAGCAACAUACCAGGUUGGCCUUUACUGCAACGAGAGUAAGACAGAGUUUAUCACGACCUCUUCCAAGUUAACUGAACUUGAAUUGCUCAAUAAUAUAUCAAUCAAAAACGUUAACGACUUCAAAUAUCUUGGAUCAUACAUAGUAGAUUCCCUAAAUGACUUUCGCAUCCGCAAAGUUCUUGCUUUGGAUGCAUGGAACAGACUUGAUAAGAUCUGGCACUCUAGCCUUCCGCCCACGUUAAAAGUUAAAAGAUUUAGAACACUGAUUGAACCGGUCCUUCUCUGUGGAUCAGAGACCUGA